UAGCGAUGCACAAGAUAUUUUCACGAUUACAUCAGGUUGCAUGGAGUAGGCUUGCGUCGAUGUGGUGUUUUUCUUCUUGACGAAUUUGAUUAAAAUUAUUUCUAAACUUGAUUGAAAAUCAUAUAACUAUGUCAAUUAAAGAAGUUGGAAACCGAUUAUAUUACAUACCAAAGAUAAGUCGAUGGAGUAAAGGAAUUGGUGCUGAAUUGCCAGAAGAGUUUAAAAAAUUUUGGAAAGAAUGGAAGUUGCAACAACCAACUGCAGUUCAUUAUAUUAAACAGGAAGGCACUUAUGUAAGAAAUGAUAAAACUGAGGAAGUACGUCCAGUACAAAAUGUACCAUUACCUUUAUUAUAUCCUAAAGAGAUUGAUGAUGGUAUAUGGGGAGGAGAAGCUAUUGUUCAAGGCUUUAAGAAAAAAGGCUUAUUUAAAAGAAGAGUUCCACAUUUUUGGAUACCUCAUCUAAAGAAAUCAAUUGUUUACAGCGAAGUUCUUGACACAUAUAUGAGAGUUGUUGUAACUGACAGAACCCUUAGACUAAUUCAUGAAAGUUAUGGAUUUGAUCAUUAUUUAUUAAAGACACCAGCAUGCGAUUUGAGAUCUGUGCUUGCUUUGAGACUGAAACGCCAGAUACUUAUCGCAUUAGCAGAUAAAACUUUAUAUCCUAAUGAUCCAGAAAAAUGUGCAGAAGUAUAUGCUAAAUACGAACAAUAUCUUUCAGCUUAUACAAGAGAAGAAAUAGAAUGGUAUGGUUUAACAUACAAAGAAGCCUGUUUAAAAUGGAUAAAAUUGAAAGAGACAGAACCACAACCCUUGAAAAUUCAAUAUAGAUCAGAAUUAAUUGCCAAACUUAAAGAGAAUAAAAUUAAAGAAGCUGAAAAUGUGGAUGUUAUAUUACCAGAAGAAAAAACUUCUUGGUUAAACAAGCUAAAUCCUUUCUCCAAAAGUCCAAAAACAGAAUAGAUAAAUUUCUAUUCUAUUUAUUAUAUAUCACAAGGAAAGUUUUUAGUUCAAAUUAUUAAUUUCUU